AUGGCGGCCAGCGUGAUGGGCAAGCCGGCGGCGUACCACGCGAGGAGGCCCUGGCCGGUGCUGCGAAAGGGGAAGGAAGCUGAGUCGAUGGAGUGCAUCUGCCGCCAAACUCUGCCCCCAGACCACACGCAGAGGUUUCUCUUCCAGAAGAGGGUCCUAGAGAGCUGCGGAGAGGCAGAGGAGGCUGUGCCUGAGAAGCUGGGGCCUGCAUGCCCUGGGACCCCCGCAGAGCCCCCUCCGCAGAGAGGGGCUUCUGGCUCGGAGUGCUUGGCGGAGGAGCUGCCCCGGGCCCUGGCGCGGCUGGGCAUGGCACCGGAGAGCGAGUAUGCCCGCGACAUCUUCGGCAGCCUGAUGCGGAAGCAGCCUUCGCUCGCACCUGGGGGCUUCAGCCUGCCGCGCUCGGUGACGGCGGAGAUGCGUGCCCUCGUUGUCGACUGGCUGGUGCAAGUGCACGACUACCUGGACCUGGCCGACGACACCCUGUACUUGGCCGUGCACCUGAUGAACGCCUACAUGAGGGCGGGCAGGGUGCAGGUGUCCGCCCUGCAGCUCCUCGGCCUCACCUGCCUCUUCCUCUCCUGCAAAGUGGAGGAGAGCUCCUGCCCAGAGCUCGCGCAGCUGUGCUUCAUGGCGGAAGACUCUUUCAGCCAGAAGGACCUCCUGCGCAUGGAGCGCAAGAUCCUCACACGCCUCAAAUUUGAGCUGCACUAUGCAAACCCCGUCCACUCGCUGCACCUGCUGGCGGAGGUGGACCACUGCUCCACACAGGUCCAGUACCUGGCCCUGUAUUUCCUGGAGCUCUCUCUGCUGGAAGUGGACUGCAUGCGGUUUGAGCCAGCCCGGCUGUCCCUGGCUGCUCUGUGCCUGGCCCGGCGGCUGCUGCUGCAUGAGGCAGGCCUCCCGGGUGUGGAUGCCUCCCAGGAGGGCCCUCCGAAGCUGCUUGCAUACAGCGAGGCGGAGCUGUCCCUGGUGUACCCCUACCUGGCCAAGGCUGCUCUGCGGGGGCCGAGCUCCCCCUUCCGGGCCACCUUCCUGAAGUUCUCCCGGCCUCAGAAACUCUGCACUAGCACCAGCCCGGCCAUCGCCGCCUCCACGUUCCUGAGCCGCUGCCUGGAGAGCGCCCCCUGCACCGAAGCGGGGGGGCUCUGGAGCGCCCCCUUUGGGCCGCCACCGCCUGCGGCACGCAGCGAGGACCCUUUGCCGACCGGCUGA